CGGUAAUUGCUGUGCUAUUUCAAUCUACAUUCCUUGUUUCAACUCCCAGAAUUUGUUAGGACAUCACUAUGGUGAGGAAGAGGAGAACUGAACUUCCUUCUGGCGCUGGGGAGAGCUCCGAGUCUCAUGAAGCAGGGGCAGAACGAAGUGGUCGUGGAUCUCAACGACCCACAGAGAGGAGUGCCGGGCAGCAAUAUGGAGGAGGAUACCAGGGUGGAAGGGGGUGGGUUCCCCAGUCUCAGCAAGGAGCACGUGGAGGUUAUGGUGGAGGCCGUGGCCGCGGAGUGCCCCAACAGUAUAGUGGACCUCCUGAAUAUCAAAGUAGGGGAAGAGGAGGGCCACCUCAACAAGGAGGAGGUCGUGGAGGAUAUGGUAGUGGCCGUGGAGGCACACCUGGUUCUGGUGGACCCUCCAGACCACCUGCUCCCGAGCUGCACCAAGCAACCAUGCCUGUGUAUCAAGCAGUGGUGACUUCUCAGGUUACUCCAGCAGAUGUGGGUUCUUCUGGUCUGCCUGAUCCUUCUAUAACACAGCAAUUUCAGCAAUUUUCUGUCCAACAGGAAGGUGCUUCCAGCCAGGCUAUUCAACCUGUGCCACCCUCUAGCAAAUCUAUGAGGUUUCCUUCCCGGCCUGGAAAGGGUGUUACUGGCACAAGGUGUAUUGUCAAGGCUAACCAUUUCUUUGCUGAGUUACCCAACAAAGACCUGCAUCAGUAUGAUGUGACCAUAACACCGGAGGUCACAUCCAGAGGAGUCAACCGUGCCGUUAUGCAGCAGCUGGUUAGGUUAUACAGAGAAUCCCAUCUUGGAAAGCGUCUUCCUGCCUACGAUGGCCGAAAAAGUCUGUAUACUGCUGGGGCGCUUCCUUUCACAUCAAAGGAGUUUCGAAUAACUCUCAUUGAUGAAGAUGAUGGAUCGGGCAACCAGAGAAGAGAACGAGAAUUCAAAGUUGUAAUAAAAUUUGCGGCACGUGCAGACCUACAUCAUUUAGGACUCUUCUUGCAGGGCCGGCAGGCUGAUGCCCCUCAGGAAGCUCUGCAAGUUCUUGAUAUUGUUCUGCGUGAAUUGCCUACGACUCGUUACUGUCCUGUGGGCCGAUCAUUUUAUUCUCCUGAUCUUGGGAGGAGGCAAACACUUGGCGAAGGGUUGGAAAGCUGGCGUGGUUUUUACCAGAGUAUUCGUCCUACUCAGAUGGGACUCUCCCUGAAUAUUGAUAUGUCUCACUGCUUUCAUUGAGCCGUUGCUGUUAUUGAGUUCGUAACCCAGCUGCUGAAUCGUGAUGUUUCUUCUCGACCAUUAUCUGAUGCUGAUCGUGUAAAGAUCAAGAAAGCACUUAGAGGAGUCAAGGUUGAAGUUACACACCGAGGAAAUAUGCGGAGAAAAUACCGUAUAUCUGGUUUAACAUCACAGGCUACACGGGAAUUGACGUUUCCAGUUGAUGAAAGGGGUACCAUGAAAUCUGUGGUUGAGUAUUUCUAUGAAACAUAUGGGUUCAGGAUUCAACAUACUCAAUGGCCAUGCUUGCAAGUUGGAAAUCAACAGAGGCCAAAUUAUUUACCUAUGGAGGUUUGCAAGAUAGUUGAGGGUCAGAGGUACUCCAAGAGAUUAAAUGAGAAACAGAUCACUGCUUUGCUGAAGGUGACCUGUCAACGUCCUAAAGAAAGAGAACUCGAUAUCAUGCAGACGGUUCGUCAUAAUGCAUACCAUGAAGACCCUUUAUGCGAAGGAGUUUGGAAUAAAAAUCAGUGAGAAGCUUGCUUCAGUUGAAGCUCGCAUUCUGCCUGCACCAUGGCUUAAAUACCAUGAUACAGGUAGAGAAAAGGAUUGCCUGCCUCAAGUUGGACAAUGGAACAUGAUGAA